UGGUUUUCUCAUUAAACAAACGAAACUCCACAACAACCAAAUAAAAAUUAUCAGCUUUCCCCACUAUUUUUAUCUCCUUUUCCCAUAUCGUGGCUGCAUGGUCUUUUUUUCUUGGAUAUAAUAUAAAUAAACUUCUUGGGAAUCAUCUGGAAUUUUUGCAUUAGGAUCACCGUUCUCUCUCUAUUGCUCAAGAUCAAGAAAUGUUUCCCAAAGUUCAUGCAGGCAUGGAAAUGGCUAUGGAAAGAAAUGGAGAUCGCACUAAAACUAUGGGGAACUGCGAGAAACGUAUCCCAAUCUUUGCCCAGAAAAUGAAAACAUAUCCGGGUUUGUUGUGUAAAACGAUUUGGAAGGUAGGACAUGAUGACCCAAGAAGGGUGAUCCACGCUUUCAAAGUUGGUCUGUCUUUGACACUGGUUUCCUUGUUAUAUCUCACGGAACCAUUGUUCAAAGGGAUCGGACAGAAUGCCAUUUGGGCUGUCAUGACCGUGGUUGUUGUGUUAGAGUUCACAGCAGGGGCAACUUUAUGCAAAGGACUGAAUAGAGGAUUUGGGACGCUAUUAGCAGGAUCAUUGGCUUUCAUUUUUGAGUACAUUGCAACUGAAACCGGCCCGGUCUUUCGAGCUAUUUUUAUUGGAACUGCAGUUUUUCUAAUUGGAUCUGCUGCUACAUACCUGAGGUUCUUUCCCUACAUAAAGAAGAACUAUGACUAUGGUGUUGUGAUAUUUCUCUUGACCUUCAAUCUGAUAACUGUCUCGAGCUACCGGGUCGAUAAUGUCCUGAAGAUUGCACAUGACCGCUUCUUCACCAUUGCCAUUGGCUGUGGUGUCUGCCUGCUCAUGAGUUUAUUGAUAUUUCCUAAUUGGUCAGGGGAAGAGCUCCAUAACUCCACUGUGUUAAAGCUUGAAGGCCUUGCAAAAUCUAUAGAAGCUUGUGUCAAUGAAUAUUUUGUUGAUCCUAGCAUAGAAGAAACCGAAAAACAGUCCUCGGAGGAUCCCAUUUACGAAGGUUAUAAGGCUGUUUUGGACUCGAAAUCCAAAGAUGAAGCCUUGGCACUAUAUGCAAGUUGGGAGCCAAGGCACUCAAGAUACUGUCAUCGGUUUCCAUGGCAGCGGUAUGUGAAACUGGGAGGUGUUCUUCGCCAUUUUGGCUACAAGGUUGUAGCUCUACAUGGAUGUUUGAGGACUGAAAUUCCGACCCCGCAAUCCGUGCGAACCUUAUUCAAAGACCCUUGCAAUAGACUUGCAAGGGAGAUUUCAAAAGUGCUAAUGGAACUUGCCAAUAGCCUAAGAAGCCACCGCCACUGCUCUCCAGAAAUACUCUCCGAUCAUCUCCAUGAAGCCUUACAAGACCUUAAUAACGCCAUAAAAUCCCAACCAAGGCUAUUCCUUGGAUCCAACAAAAACCAAGCCACCAACAUGCUCGCUUUAGCUGCUGCACAAGCUAGCCAAAAGCAUGAAAAGGCCCCUGGAGUCUCAUUAUCAAGUGUGAAAACUGACAGUUCUGCAUUGAGGGAAUGGAAAUCCAGAAGGACUACUGAUUCUAAGGAGGCUGAGAGGAAGGUCUUAAGGCCACAAUUGAGUAAGAUUGCAAUCACUAGCCUUGAGUUCUCGGAGGCACUUCCUUUUGCUGCUUUUGCUUCUUUGCUAGUAGAGAUGGUGGCAAAACUUGACAAUAUUAUUGAGGAAGUUGAAGAAUUGGGGAGGGCAGCAUGCUACAAAGAGUACCAUCCUUGUGACGAGAUUUAGUCCGAAGAGCCGAAUCCGCGACUCACUUCCACGCAAAUGAUGAGGGAGGCUAGCGGUGCAUCUUGACGAUAUGCGGUGCUUAAUAAACUUGCAAAAUAUAGGAAAAAUUUGCAGCCAGUUCUCACAACUUGGAGAAUUGGGUGUUGGCUCCAAAGGAAAAAGGGAAAAUGAGAGUAGUGUGAUGAAGAAGAAAAUGACAUUUCUUUUUGUGCAUUUCAGAACUCAUAUGCACAUCUUAAACACCUACUGAAUGUAUCCAAGGUGUUUUGGGUGUAUGGUAACCAAGAGGUUUCAAGUAAGUUAAGUAACACAUUUUAGUAAUUAACUAAGUUCAAAAUUCACUUA